ACGCCGGAUCCCGUCGAGCGACUCUCCACUCCGUCCUCGCAGACCCGAAGUCUCCGUCGAACUCCCAAGUUUGAGGCCUCCGCGAGCCCAAAGCUCCCUCAGGUUCACCUUGCGGCCGCCUCGGUUGGAUUUGCGCCCAAGGCCAUCCCCGCGCCUGUCGAGGAGCAGCCCGAGCACCAGCCCGAGCACCCCACUGUCUUGGGCCUAAUCCCACUUCACUCGGCACAUCGUCAGAUACCUCGCCGCCGCCGACGCCUGUCUCAGGACCUCAUCGACGAUCCCGACGAAGUGUCUUCGCAGCACCCUCAAUCUCCACCUCGACCAUCUUCUUCCCGACCUACGAACCGUCCCGAACCACAUCCCGUGGUCCGCAUCUCCAAGCACACCCACAGCGCCAUCCUCUUUGCCCUCGAGGAGGCGCUGCGCAACCCGAAUCCCUUUACUCCAGAUCUUGUCGAGGAAUCAGCAAGCAUGGCCGAACUCAUGGCAGCUAGCGGUAUCCCGCCUACAUCCAAUGGCAACUCCGUUCCCGCGCCCUUCCGUCCCACAGCCGCCCCAGCUCCUUCAAGCUCACCCUCUGGCAUCAGGGGCCCGAGGAUGAUCAUGCAGGAGCGCGCGGCCCGAGAGGCGAGACAGCGAGCCGAGGCUGAGAGACAGGAGCGCAACAGAGCUGAAAAGGAGGCUGGCUUGCUGGAAGAAGCACGAAGACAGAACGAGCGUCGAACUGCUGCCGUUGCUGGCGGACAACACCCCGCCGUUGACUCCCGCGAGCCUACCGAACCCCAGCGACAGACACAUGUCGCUCCCGAAACCACCACAGGCCGACCCCGAGCCUCCACCACCUCACAAGUGCCUCCUCGGCGCCCAUCCCGGACUGCCGCCACCACUCAGCAGCCUCAGGCCUUCACUUCUACCGCACCCACGACACAACCUAAUUUCGGCGGACAGACGGGCGAGCCUGCAGCUCAAGGCACUGCCGGCGGCUCAAAGCCUCGCAACUCGUUCCCCCACGCAUUUGAACGAUGGGAGACACUGUCCGCCCACUGGGAGGGUCUCACCAGCUACUGGAUCCGCAAACUAGAGCAGAAUAAGGAUGAAGUCAACCGAGAUCCUCUGAAUCAACAACUUGCCCGCCAGGUGACCGAUCUCUCCGCCGCCGGCGCGAACCUCUUCCAUGCUGUCGUCGAGUUGCAGCGACUUCGCGCGAGCUCAGAACGCAAAUUCCAGCGAUGGUUCUUCGAGACGAGAUCUGAGCUGGAACGUGCUCAAGAAGUCAAUGCCAUGCUUGACGCCGCCCUGGAUCAAGAGAGACGAGGACGAGCUGAAGCCAUUCGAGAGGCAGUCGAGAAUGAACGAGGAACUUCGAAGGCCCAGAAGCAGCUCUCGGAGAUGCGCAAGGAGCUCUCUAUAUCUAAAGAGGAGGCGCGCAGAGCGUGGGAAGAGCUGGGACGGCGAGAGCAGGAGGAGCGCGAUAGGACCCUUUCCCUGCAAUCUGGACAGCCCACCAUUGUUGGCGGUGUCCAGGUUGUUCCAAUGACCCAGGGAGGUCCCAGUCGACACGCCAGCACCCGAGGACAGGGCACUUACCAAGCCGAGUACGGCCAGGGCUACCCACCUGAGCCGACAGCAUCUCCACAAGGUCCUCCUCCCUCGACAACACCUGGCGCUGGCGAUGCGUAUCAACGUCAGCAGUCUGCCCCUGCUCAGCAGGGCAACAGCCGUUACGCCACAGCUGGUUCGGAGGGUGGUUACAGCGAAGGUGAGUACAUGAUUGACGCGAAUGGGAAUUUCGUGUUGGAUGCCCAAGGAAACAAGAUCCCCUUCGCUGCAGCACCCUCCACAUAUGCGGGUUCUGAUACCGGGGCAGAAGACUAUGAGACACCCGCCACAACAAACCCGCCUAGCGGCAAGCAGGAGUCUCCCUCGACGUCCGCCGGCGGCAGUCAAUGGACUGGCGCUUAUUCAGAUCCCCAGGACUACUCGGGAUCCGGCUACGGCGCCCCCGGCUGGGAGACAGUUCCCCGCCAUCAUCACCCAACGAGGCUGAGCGACGUCAUUGAAGAAGAAGACGAACGCAGCCGCACCAGCGCCGGCCACAGCCGUGUCUAG